AUGAACGAAACAAUUUUACAAGUAAACGAAUUGAUACAAUCACUACAAGGAUUUGGAACAUUCGAUUAUGUCGUUUUCGUAUUCAUGUUGAUUUCGUGUGCUGGAAUCGGUUUAUAUUAUGCCCUACAUGGAAAUAAAAGUGCGGAUGCCGAAAUUGAACUUUUAAUGGGGGGUAGAAAUAUGAAAGUUUUUCCAGUUGCCAUGUCUCUCGUCGCCAGUUUUAUUUCAGGGAUAACAUUAUUGGGAAAUCCUACGGAGGCUUAUCUUUAUGGAACGGCUUAUUUUUUUACCAUUUUCGUACUAAUGAUUGUUUCCUUUCCAGCGAGUUAUGUAUUUUUACCGGUUUUCCAUGAUAUGAAAUUAGCAUCAACGUACGAGUAUUUAGAAAGAAGAUUCGAUAGAAAGUUAAGAUAUUUUGGAUCUGUUUUAUUUACUAUUGGAUUGCUUUGUUGGUUACCUAUUGUUAUUUAUGUACCUGCUUUAGCUUUUAAUCAAGUUACUGGAUUAAAUAUUCAUAUAAUAACGCCAUGCGUUUGCAUUGUUUGUAUUUUUUAUACGGCUGUGGGAGGUUUAAAAGCUGUCGUUUGGACAGAUGUCAUACAAUCUUUUAUAAUGGUAGGUGCUGUUAUAUUAGUCGUUAUAAAAGGUUCGUUAGAUGCUGGAGGUUUUCAAACAGUUUGGCACAGAGCUUGGGAAAGUGGUCGAAUCGAGUAUCCCAGUUUUCAAUUAGAUUUUGUCGAUCGUCAUACCUUUUGGAGUUUGAGUAUCGGUGGUACCGUAUUUUGGUUACAAGCAGCCAUUAUUAAUCAAAAUAUGAUACAGAGAUAUUUGGCUUUGCCCGAUAUGACACAUGCUCGAAGAGCUUUGGCCAUGUUUACCGUGGGAACGGUUUUUAUAAUUAUUUUAACGGGAUAUGCCGGUUUUGUAGUUUAUUCGACAUAUUACGAUUGCGAUCCUUUAACUACUAAACUGGCAAAAGCAAAAGAUCAACUACUACCAUUGUUAGUUGCAAGAGUUUUAGGAGAAUUUCCUGGAAUGCCAGGUUUAUUUGUUGCUGGGAUUUUUAGUGCAGCUUUAAGUUCUUUAUCGACUGGUUUGAAUUCCAUUUCUGCAAUUGUACUUGAAGACUUUAUCAAACCAACAAUGUCAGAAAAGCUGUCGAAUAAAGCAACAGAGUAUAUAAUAAAAGCAGCUGUUUUAAUUUUUGGAAUUAUUUCUGUUGGAUUAGUAUUUAUCGUUGAAAAAUUAGGUACUGUACUUCAGCUGUCGAUGAGCCUGGGAGGAAUGACUGGGGGUCCAUUGUUUGGAAUAUUUUGUUUAGGAAUCCUCUUCCCAUGGUCUAAUGAAAAGGGAGCCUUAUACGGUGGUAUCGUCGGUAUCAUUUGUUCUGCUAUUGUAGUAAUGGGAGGACAAAAUGCGUUAGCAAGUGGGAAUUUGGUAUAUCCCGGAAAACCUUUGUCUAUUGAAGGAUGUAAUUACGUACAUAAUUCGACAUUAUUAAUCGCCAAUCGAACUACCCUAUCAAAAGAAGAAUAUGUAUUCCCACUUUACAAAAUAAGUUAUUUGUGGUAUCCAGUUUUUGGAUCCCUAAUAACAUUUAUAACCGGUGUCAUCAUUAGUUUUCUUACGGGUCCCAGUGAUUUAACUUCAAUUGAUCACAUGCUUUUAUCUCCUGUGAUAAGAAAAUAUUUACCACCUAAAUCUUCUUUAACUACGUCUGAAACUGUACCUGAAUUAAAAAAAAUGUUGGAUCCAGAGAAAGGAGAAGAAAAAAACUGA